AUGGCUAUUCCUGCUGAGAGUUUCCCCUUUUGCGCUAUUGAGCCUAAUGAGGAGCAUGGUGAAGGCCUACAAGUUCUCCAUUAUGAAGUUGGACAAAAGAAUGUACCUCAUUUGGAUUACUUUGAAGAUAAGUAUAAUACUCUAAACAUGGUUGAUAUUGGUGUGCACUUUGUAUAUUUUGAUGAUAUAGUUCAAAUGUUGAAGAAGGGGAAAAAAGGACUUUCAAUUAAGCCAAAGAUGAGUGAUGCUAUAUUUUUCUGGAGCAUGAAGCCUAAUGCAACUUUAGAUACAUCGAGUUUGUACGAUUAG